AUGAAUAAUUCAUUAUAUAAGUCCAAUAAUGAAAUUAUCGUGCCAACAAUGUCAAUAUUGGAACGAAAUUUUAAAUUCUUUGUUCUACUCAUUAUGCACAUGCCAUCGUUGUGUUGUUCAAUGUUUAUUUUAUACCAUUUCAGAUGGAAUCGUUUAGCGAAUCAAAUUCUAGGUGUACUUGUUACUGUCAAUCUUCUAACUAUUCUAUUCGAAUUACCAUUUACACUUAUUUAUUUACGCGAUGGGUUCGUACGUAAUCAAAAAAUAUGCCCUGGUUGGAUCUUAGUGAAUUAUUCCUUAUUUAUUUUGAGUAUAAUUUUGAUUGCAUGGGCAUCAAUUGAACGGUAUUUAUUCAUUUACAAUGAACAAUUAAUUAAACGUUGCCGAAUCUUAUUGCAUUAUAUUCCUAUUGGGUUUUUCAUUGUAUACACGCCUACAUUUUACACUGGUCUAGUGAUAUUUUAUCCUUGCGAACAAGCGUUCAAUCCAACUAAUUACAUUUGUGGUGGUCCAUGCUAUCUGUUUAGGAUAGUCCCAUGCAUGAUUGAUUGGGGUACUAAUGUCGUUCUCGUAUUGCUUGUUACAUGCUUUAUGAAUAGUUUUUUGAUUAUUUAUAAUGUGAAGCAAAGAUUUCGAAUGAGAGGAUCCAUCAUCACUGCAGACAAGAGUCAACAAUGGCGUCGUACAAUGAAAUUGAGCAUACAAUUAUUUUCUAUAUCCUCACUGUGCGUGAUUGGAUGGGUACCAUAUGGUGUUGUUUCAACGUUGCAAAUUUUUAGCAAUACAGACCUUUUGACUUUUCUUCUCUCGACAUUUUUUAUCUAUUUUCCCUAUGCACAAACAUCAUUUACACCUUAUGUUUGUUUAUUAUUUAUACCGGAAAUCAAAAAGAAAUUCAGAAGUACUUUACAAUCAUCCUGGUUUAUUAAACUGAUUUGCCAUAAAAAUCAAGUACAUGUGAGCAAUGAUGAACAACUUAAUACUUUAACUCGCUGUGAUACAAUGAUUCGAACUAAAAAAACUGUUCAAGCACAACCUUUAUAA